CUCAAAGCGUCGGUCGUAAACAAACAAGAGAAAGAAAGAGAAAAAGCAGAGUGAAAAACCCUUCUAAGUGAUAAAUCAAGAGAAGUUGAGAAGGAGAGAAGGAGACGGAACACGACAGAGAAGAAGGAGUGGAGGAGAUCGUGAAAAACACCAAAAAUAUCAACCACAAUGUCAGUACAGAUAGAAAAACGGCGAUAUGACUGCGCCGCACUUCCGAAGGGCUGGAAGAGGGAGGAAGUACUGAGGAAGACGGGAUUAACUUCGGGGAAAGUCGAUGUUUAUUACUACAGUCCAAAUGGAAAAAAGUUCAGAAGCAAGCCUCAGCUGGCCAGAUAUCUUGGAGACACAGUGGACUUGUCGUCAUUUGACUUUCGGACUGGAAAAGUCAACCCCAUGUUGGUAAGGAAGAAUAAAAAACCAAGAGGAACUCUAUUUGACUACAGUCGUGGAAUGCGGAAUGAUGCAUCACUGGUACCACCCAUCCGCCAAACAGCUUCGAUAUUCAAGCAGCCUGUAACUGUAAUUAAAACACAGCCAUCAAGUAGAGUGAAGCUUGAUAUGAAACAUGGUAUACAGGAUAAGCCAAAACAGUUAUUCUGGGAAAAGAGGCUCCAGGGUCUUCAGGCCUUUGAUGCACAGACAGAAGUCCUCAGGAAUGUGGACUUGCCAGCUGCCCUACAAGGUGUGGGGCCCAAUGUGGAGGAUCAGACUGUCUUGCAGAGUUUAGCAACUGCCUUGCAUUUACAUCCCGGUCCCAUCACAGGUCAAACAGAAGCAAAGCAGAGCCUUGAGAAAAAUCCGGGCGUCUUUGUUAACCCAAAUCAACCACUUGUUGCAGCAGUCACCAUCCAGGACGAAGACAUAGUCCAGCAAGAGGAAAGGGUAGACCAUGCAAGGCAGCAGCUGCAGGAGGCUCUAAAGGGACUAGAACCGUGAAGAACAAGAAGAAAAAGAAUGGGAUAUAAGGACUAAUGUCUUGAAUAUAAAAUUACAAAUAUUAUCUGUAAUUGCGUACAUAAAUACUAUAAGGUAUUUUGUGUGUCCUGAUAUGCAAA